UUGCUUUGUGGCGUGGAUGCAUGCUGGGAGAUUUAAAUCCUUUGAAUUGGGUCACUGGAAGCACAUCCAGCAGGCAGACGAGGUAAAGCGCAAUGAUUAGCCUCUAAGCCCAGUCCACAGAGGAGCAAUCUGUUUGACGGACUGAUCGACAAGAGCAAGAGAGAUGUUUCUUGCAAUGCUGGCAGGGACACAGUAAAACUGCAGAACACUUAUGUCUAGAAAGUGAGUGGUGCAGCUGAAGGCCCAAGAUGCCCGAGCAGAGCAACGACUACCGUGUGGUGGUGUUUGGAGCAGGGGGUGUGGGGAAGAGCUCCCUGGUGCUCCGUUUUGUGAAAGGCACUUUCCGGGACACCUACAUCCCGACGGUGGAGGACACGUACCGGCAGGUGAUCAGCUGUGACAAGAGCGUCUGCACCCUGCAGAUCACAGACACAACCGGCAGCCACCAGUUUCCUGCCAUGCAGCGUCUGUCCAUCUCCAAGGGUCACGCAUUCAUUCUGGUCUACUCCAUCACUAGUAAGCAAUCCCUGGAAGAAUUAAAGCCCAUAUACCAGCAGAUUCUCGCUAUCAAAGGCAACGUAGAGAACAUCCCCAUCAUGCUCGUGGGAAACAAGAGCGAUGAGACACAACGGGAAGUGAAGACCGAAGAUGGAGAGGCCCAGUCCAAGAUCUGGAAGUGUGCUUUCAUGGAGACCUCGGCUAAGACUAACCACAAUGUCACUGAGCUUUUCCAGGAGCUUCUCAACUUGGAGAAGAAGAGGAACAUGAGUUUGAACAUCGAUGGCAAGCGUUCUGGGAAGCAAAGCAGGGCUGACAAGCUGAAGGGGAAAUGCAGCAUCAUGUAGAGCGCUUGUUAGAGCCAGAACUGGGACAUGGUGAGAUAAAGCGGAGAGAUAGAGUGAUAAAAUAACAAAGUAAAGGAACUGAGGAGGGAAAAAUGAAUGGAGAUGGUGUUAUUUGACAUUUCAUGCUUAUUUCAGAUAACAAGGAUUUUACUCUGACAUCUCAAAUUUCAUCGUUCACCAUCAGUCUUUGGCCUUAACAAGCACUGACCUGUUCAUAUUGCCUUGUCUGUUUCUAUUACAGAGCAUCGCCACCAUCUCUCACAUCUGAGAAAAAUUCAGACAGCAAUCGUUUGCUAAACAGCCCUUUUUGAGUUCAUGAUGCAGAUGUUUUUAUUAAAUGGUUGCUCCUGCAUAGCUAAAGCAGAGUCAGGCUUUAUAUCAGCCAUGAUAUCCAAACAUAAGACUUUGCACAAUGACAACUAAACUUUUGUUUUGUAUAUUUAUUCAAAUGUAGAGCAAGUAGAGUCAGUAUGAGAUUAUAUAACAAUAUAGUCAAACCACCCUUUAAUACUUUAUUACAGGUUGUGUAGAAUCCACUUUUAUUUGUUGCCCUCAUAACAUUUUGAUGACUACUUUUGCAUGUCCUUAUAUCUUAAAAAAUACCAACCAAUAUUUAGGACAAUGAUUUUGUUAAACAUUAGCAAAAUACCAGAGAAAAAUAUAAUGCUUUGUAAAAUUAUUACCUACAGUGACAUCAAGGCAGAUAGACACUUCAUAUUUCAUGCAGAUGCACACAUGCUUAUGUAAAGCAGCAAGCACUCAUCAUCAUCAUCAUCAUCUGUGGUAUUCAGCUGCUCAAAAUUGAGACACUUCUUGCCUCCCUAGUAAUUUAGAGUGAGCCAGAAUCUCCAUCUUUUUUUUAUGUUUCUCAAUAUGAACUGCUCAUAUUUUAUAACUGUAUAACUGAGACAAUAACAAAUGUAAUCAAUCAGGAAAUGAAUGCAUUUGCAGGAGGCGCAUUUUGGCAGCAAAACUAAAUUGAGGAAGCAAGUCUUCUACCCUAUUUAUAGAGACUAAUGUGAACAUUGAAGACAGGGCCGUCCUUUGGGCGGUGCAACUGGUGCGGAUGCACCGGGCCCCGCGCUGUGAGGGGGCCCUGCGGCGAACGGACCGAGGGGGGCCCCCCCAAAAUCACCCCCCCAGGAACGCAAUCAUGAACGGACUGAGGGGGACCCCCCCCAAAAUCACCCCCCACCGGAACACAAUCAUGAAAGGACCGAGGGGGGCCCCGCGUCAGCCAGGGACGGCCCUGAUCGAAGAGUACGGCCACCUGAAGUUAUAAGAGUUUUAGGAUAAAUAAACCAAACAUUUAAUGUUCAAACAUUUCAAAUGUUUUCCAGAAUUAGCCAUUUUUAUUUGCAUGGCAGUAUCAGACAUUACAGGAGUUUUUGGGUUGAAACAAUUCAGUUUUUGUGUUCUCAGUGACCCUUAUCAGAACGCCACAAACCUGUUUCAGUUUCGGUAAGAGAAUGCAAUCACACUGCAAAUAAGCCUUUGACAAAAGAAAUCUCUUGCUUCAAAGGGCCUUGAUUGUAUAGCAUUAUAUUUUUAUUUAACCAGCUGAUUGCCUUUGUACACUGAUGUGAGAAAGAGCUCCUUUAAUAUGUUUUCAGGUUGUGCAUUACAGAUCUGACAUUAUUUAUCCAUGUUGUGCUGGUUUGCUAGUUUUUGAACAGGGUACACCAGAAAUGCAUAGAAAAAGAAAGCUUUACACAGCAACAUUUCAGAAAACUAUAAUACAAAUAAGACUGAAUUCAUAUGGUUCAUUUUGUUAGACUUGUAAAUUAAGCAAUUUUAUUAUAAUCCUGAGGUAAAAAGCGAUUUAUUAAAAAGAAGUAUAUUACACUCAGAUAUAAAUGAUAACAUUUCACACGAGUAUACACCAUACAUUUUAUUUUGACGCAGGCAGAAAAAUAGCAUUAUAAAUAAGUAGAAGAGUAUUAUAUCCCACCCCCUGUAUAAAGUAACUAUAAUAUAUACUAAUGAUAUACUGUGACAAGCAUUGCAAUAGAACAAAAAACAAUAUCAUCAGUCAUAUAUAGUUUCCGGUUUGCUGUCAGUUAAUAUUAUGACUCAGCCUGUUGCCUCUGAUUGAUGUAUAUGAUUAAUGUUUUAAUAUUAGUUCCCUGGAUGCCCCACCAACACAUUCAUCCCCUUAAAAUGGUGCUAUAAUUUACCACCUCCCUACUGGUGACAGCAGUUCUGCUCUGCAUAGUUUAUGCAGUCAUAUCAUGAUAAAAAUCCCCUCUUUUAUCACUCUGCAGAGUUUUGCUGAUUUAUGGCUUUGCAAUUUGCUAAAUUCAGAACAACGCCUCAUCCAUCUCGUGACUUAUUCAAAUCCGUUAUACCUGAAUAUACGUGUCCGAUCUCUAUAAAGCCCACUCAGCUGGCGUAUGAGUCACACUGCUGAUACCAUCAGAGCCACAGCAAGCUGCAGGAGAGGAAAACUGCAGAGCUUCUUGCAUUUUACAUGCAUGGGAAGUCUGCGCUCUCUGUAGAGUGUCAGCUACCUGCGAUCCUUUCGGUUGACUUGCCUCCGCAAUACCAAUGCCCACCAUUUCUGUGUAUAAAAUCAUUUUUUGAACCCAUAAUCAUGCACAUUUUAUUGUAAAUAUUUGUAAAUUGUAUGUAAAGAAUAUGACACUGUAAAGAAAUCAUCACCGACUCCUGUCGGAUGAACCUACAAACAUGGACACAAUUCCUUUGAAAGCUCUUCAUGUGUUUGGUUGGAAUCCCAGGGGACUUUUGUGUACAUCUGGAUUAUCUUCAUGCAUUUUUCAGUUGGUAUCUUAAAUCUGGUUUACACAGUGAGCACUUUAAAUGCCUAAGGGUAAUGGAAUGUACUGUGAAACGUAUGUAAACGACGACCUCCAUUUCAUAAUUCAAACUACGCAUGGUACCACCUGAUGUUUAGCCAGCAUGAGGGCAAGCAACAAAACUGUGAAGUGACUUUUCAACUCUGCAUUUUAUUAUUUUCUUUUCUGUACAAUAUUUUACAAAAGUUUUUUUUUCUUUUUUUAAAAAUUAUUAUAGCUAUUAGCUACUACUGUGUAUGAUAUGUCCUUUAGCAAUAGUCUUCCUAAGACAUGGUAUGCUGUGCUCACGCAUCCCAAAUGAAGGGAAAUAUGUACUAAUAUAAAUGUAUAGAUAUAUAUAUACCUGCAAAUAUUCUCUAA